CGCGAAUACAAAAAUGGAAAUGGGCGAGAAGACGCGAUGAAUGAACGCCGCCGGCUUCUGGCACGGUGACCUUAGCUCCCACGCAUCGAGGCUCGGACCGUCCACUGAUUUCUCGCCGCUCAUGUAGCCGGCCUGGCGAGGAGAGGAGGUGGCCAUGGGCAGGAGAAAAGGCUUGACUGGCUCCAGCCCCAGCUACACGACCGUGCGGAAUGAAGCGCUCAAGUCAGGCCAGCCCUUUGUCGACUCAUCAUUCCCUGCAGAUGCCACAUCCGUGUACGUCAGGGGCCAGGGUCCACAAUUAGAGUGGAGACGACCCUCGGAGCUGUGCUCGCAGCCCCAGCUGUUUGCGGACAGCAAUGUCCGCAGCUACGUCUGCCACAGCCGACCAGCGAAUGCCUGGUUCGUCACUGUCUGCACAGUUCUCACCCAUGACCAAGAGCUGCUUGCCAAGGUGUUUCCCGAUGCCAAGAAGCAGGGGUGGCAUGCAGGGUCUGAGAAGCACCCUGGUGUGUUCCGCUUUCGCUUCUGGCUGCUGGGAAGCUGGAUCGAGGUGCUCGUGGACGACCAGCUGCCGGUCGUGGAUGGCACGCUGUACGGCUGCCGCUCGCAGAUUGCCUCCGAGUUCUGGGCCCCCCUCCUGGAAAAGGCCUACGCCAAGUUCCUGGGCUGCUAUGAACUUUUGGAAGCAUGCAGCCUGUCAGACGCACUGGUGGACAUGACGGGAGCCGCAGCCGAGCACCUGGAGUUGGCUGUGGGUGGCUAUGCACGUGACUCCACACUGCAGGAGCAGCUCUUCUCCAACAUGCUGACUGUUCUGGACAAUUCCUGUCAGGCAGUCGUUUGCUGUGCUAUCUCAGUGGAGCAUGCAGAAGAGAUGGGCAGUACAACGACCAAUGGCCUGCUCAGAGGCCAUGCCUACCAGGUAGUGUGUGCCCGAGAGGUGGCACCAACAGAUGCACCUUCCUGGCAGGAAUUGUUCCGCGAUCGACCACAGCUGCGCCUACUUCGUCUGCGCAACCCAUGGCACCACCUGGCGUCAGCAUGGACGGGCGUCCUCGGUUACGGGUCAGCCGAGUGGUCCUCUCUCUCAGAAUCUGAACAAACCAAGCUUGGCAUCUGUCCGUCUGAUGAACAAGAAUUCUGGAUUCCCUUGGAGGACUUCGUGGGUUCGUUCACGGACACGUGCGUGUGCCACGUGCCAGGCCGUGGUGGGUGGCGAGAGGAGAGCUUUCUGGGAGAGUGGACCGUUGGGGAGCGCGGCAGUGCCACGGAUCGUGCGGGGGGCUGCAUCAACCACCGGUCCAGCUUUCUCCGCAACCCACAGUAUCGCUUGGACGUGGUGGAAGACGGAACGGUGGUUGUGCUGGCCUACCUGCUACAGGACAGCUCGAGUGCUGAGGGACCCACGGGACACUUCGCCAUUGGCAUUCACAUCAUGCAGAUGGAGGUGAACCGGCAGUUCCGGGUGCACGUGAUCAAGCCCAAGGUGUGCAGCUCAGAGUACGUGCGUGCACGGGGCGUGUUCCUCGAGUGCAGCCUGCAGCGCGGCCGAUACUGUCUGCUGCCGACCACUUUUCAACCCGGCCAAGCACGGCGGUUCAUGCUGCGCCUGUUCUGCCACCACACACUUGACGCCAGGGAACUGCAGAAGGAUGUGCCAACUGCCAAGCUCCUUCCGUGCCAAAGCAUGCCAGCCUUGGCUACCAUCAUUCGUGUUAUCGGAGCCAAACACCUCGAGCAACAAGACCCUUUUGGUUUGGCAGACCCAUACUGUGUGAUGCUGUGUGAGGGCCAGUCGGUGCGCUCCUCCAUUUGCCGGGGCACGCGGGACCCAACGUGGAACAUCAGUGCCCUCUUCUACCGCAAGGAUGCCUCAACACCUAUAAAGAUCCAGGUGUGGAACAGUCACCUGAUGAUGGAUGCAUACAUGGCCAAGGCAUAUGUCGAUGCCCCACUGGGCGCCGAACGGCAGAUGUUGGAAGUGCCACUUGUGGGACAUCGAAACCGGCCAGCCAGCGGGACCGACGGCAGCUUGGGCACUCUGCUUGUCGAGGUCACCACCACUGACGACUUGCUUGGCGUCUAACCCAGUGAAAGUCUAUGUGCUUUCCUCCCUGCCACUAGGGUUGGAACACCUCUACGGAAGUGCCUAUGACCAAAGGUUACGUGUGCCAUUGUAUGGCACCACUAUAGGGCAUUGCUGCUGUAAUAAAAAUGUGAUUAAAGUGUUCAUUGUGGAAGUGUACAAACACUAAAGAGUAUGUCU